CCUCCCCCAUGGGAGGAGCGGAGAAAAGGGAGCAUUGGGGUGGGGUGAGGUGGAUAGUGGAAGCACCAAGGGUGCACCUAAGAGGGUGCUAGAGGUAGAGAAUAGAGUUUUCCGACUCCAAGAAGGGGGUGGUCACAGGAGUAGGGAGCUAUGCUGGAUACAGAAAAUGAUGAAAUCUUUGAAAAGCCGACCCGGGGGCUCGUGGCCGGCCCGAACAUGCGAUAUUUUCAGCGACGCUAUUUCAAUAUGGCCGAAGUGGCCAUGCACAACACGGCAGACGACCUGUGGGUAACCUACCUGGGCAAUGUGUACAACCUCACCUCGCUGGCCAAGGAGUACAAAGGUAGCGUGCUGAUGAAGCCCAUUCUGGAGGCAGCAGGACAGGACAUUAGCCACUGGUUUGACCGCAGUACCGGAGAUAUCCGAACGCACAUAGACCCACUGACUGGCUGCCUGAAGUACUACACCCCCAGGGGCCGCUUCGUGCACAUCCCUCCGCAGCUGCCCCGCUCCGACUGGGCCAAUGACUUUGGGCAGCCGUGGUGGAGGAGGAGCGAGUAUGAGGUGGGGCUGCUCUCCUACAAGACCCGGCUCAUUCGCAUCAUCAACACGCUUACUUCUCAGGAGCAGACGUUGGAGGUGGGGGCACUGGAGACCAUGUGGGAAAUCCUACACCGAUAUCUCCCCUACAAUGCUCAUGCUGCCAGCUACACUUGGAAAUUUAAUGGUGUCAACCUCGAUAUGGACAAGACCCUGGAGCAAAAUGGGAUUGCAGAUGAGGAUCAAGAAUUUGACCAACUUAACAUGGACCCAGAGCUGUACACACCUGCCUUGUUACUAUACUUCAAUGAUGACCUCACUGAACUAUAAGGAGAUAUAAUAUGUAGACUAGAGAGAGAACAGGGUGUAUGGCUCAGUCUCUCUGAACUGGGGAAAAGGGGGAAGCCUAAAUCGAGUUCUUCAUCCUACUCUUGAACUCUUAACUCUUAGCCUCUGCUUUCCACCAAGGCCCCAUAUCCCGUGGGAACUCAGGAAUACUUAGCUUCCAUUUUAUAUAAAACACUGAAGAUAUUGGGAUUUUUUUUUUAGUCAGGACCAAAGUAAGAUUAAGUUCACCCAAGCAGCUUCUUUAAUAAGGUGAGAGUACAGGAAGAUUUGGGGUUUUCUUUUUUCUCUCCUGUGAAGAGGUACUGAAGCAAGCAUUUGGGAAAUAGUGAAAGAAUCUUGCCUCAAAGUGAAGCAUAGAGGCAGAGCAAGGACUUUAGGAGGACUAGGAUACAAUAAGAAUUUCAUAAUCUGUGCCCAUAACUGGGCCAUCUGUUCCCUAGGAUAAUCAGGAAUAACCAUGGGUUUGGGGAAAGUUCUUGAAGCACAUUGAAACUGGGAAAUGAACAAACAUUUCUUGAGCACCUACUUUUUGAAAGUUCCUAUGCUUGACAUGGAUCACAGAGAAAAAGGAAACAUCUUGUUCUUUUUUUUUUUUAACUUUUUCUUUUUUUUUUUU